ACUUUGUGAUUGAAUAUGAAGAUGGGCUGCAUGAACCAGGGGUAUGGCAUUACCAGACGGAAGUUCCUGGAACUCAGACAACAGUGCAGUUGAAGUUGUCUCCGUAUGUCAACUACUCAUUCCGCGUGAUAGCUGUCAAUGAGAUUGGCAGGAGUCAGCCAAGUGAACCAUCUGAGCAGUACCUGACAAAAUCUGCAAAUCCUGAUGAAAAUCCUUCUAAUGUACAAGGGAUAGGCUCAGAACCUGAUAAUUUGGUAAUAACAUGGGAGUCUUUAAAAGGCUUUCAGUCUAAUGGACCGGGGCUUCAGUACAAAGUCAGCUGGCGUCAGAAAGAUGUUGAUGAUGAAUGGACAUCAGUUAUAGUUGCAAAUGUAUCUAAGUAUAUUGUGUCUGGUACACCAACUUUUGUCCCUUAUGAAAUAAAAGUACAAGCUUUAAAUGACCUGGGAUAUGCACCAGAGCCAUCAGAGGUGAUUGGACAUUCAGGGGAGGACUUGCCAAUGGUUGCUCCAGGCAAUGUGCAGGUUCAUGUUAUUAACAGUACGCUAGCAAAGGUGCAUUGGGACCCGGUUCCAAUAAAAACUGUACGAGGACACCUCCAAGGGUACAAAGUUUACUACUGGAAAGUGCAGAGUCUAUCCAGAAGGAGUAGGCGGCAUGUAGAGAAAAAGAUCUUGACUUUCAGGGGAAACAAGACUUUUGGAAUGUUGCCAGGGCUGGAGCCCUAUAGUUCUUACAAGCUGAAUGUUAGAGUUGUUAAUGGUAAAGGAGAAGGACCAGCAAGCCCAGACAAAGCGUUUAAGACCCCUGAAGGAGUUCCUAGCUCACCCUCCUUUUUGAAGAUCACUAACCCAACACUGGACUCUUUGACUCUGGAGUGGGGUUCACCUACCCAUCCCAAUGGUGUUUUGAUAUCAUAUAUACUGAAGUUUCAGCCAAUUAACAACACACAUGAAUUGGGUCCCUUGGUAGAGAUAAGGAUUCCUGCCAAUGAGAGCAGCAUGAUAUUAAAGAAUUUAAAUUACAGUACACGAUACAAGUUUUACUUUAAUGCACAAACUUCAGUUGGAUCAGGAAGUCAGAUAACUGAGGAAGCAGUAACAAUUAUGGAUGAAGCUGGUAUUCUCCGUCCUGCUGUAGGUGCAGGCAAAGUGCAACCACUUUAUCCAAGGAUCAGAAAUGUUACGACAGCUGCCGCUGAGACCUAUGCCAAUAUCAGUUGGGAGUAUGAGGGACCAGAUCAUGCGAACUUUUAUGUUGAAUAUGGUGUAGCAGGCAGCAAAGAAGAUUGGAAAAAAGAAAUUGUAAAUGGUUCUCGAAGCUUCUUUGUCUUAAAGGGUUUAACACCAGGAACAGCAUAUAAAGUCCGGGUUGGUGCUGAGGGCCUGUCUGGUUUUAGGAGUUCAGAGGAUGUGUUUGAGACAGGUCCAGCAAUGGCAAGUCGGCAGGUAGACAUCGCUACUCAAGGGUGGUUCAUUGGUCUGAUGUGUGCUGUCGCUCUUCUGAUCUUGAUUUUACUGAUUGUUUGCUUCAUAAGGAGAAAUAAGGGUGGCAAAUAUCCAGUGAAGGAAAAGGAGGAUGCACAUGCAGAUCCAGAAAUACAACCUAUGAAGGAAGAUGACGGAACAUUUGGUGAAUACAGGUCUCUUGAAAGUGAUGCAGAGGACCAUAAACCUCUAAAAAAAGGAAGCCGGACGCCUUCAGACAGAACUGUGAAAAAAGAAGACAGUGAUGAUAGUUUAGUUGACUAUGGAGAAGGUGUAAAUGGUCAGUUCAAUGAGGAUGGUUCCUUUAUUGGACAAUAUAGUGGUAAAAAAGAGAAAGAACCUGCAGAAGGAAAUGAAAGCUCUGAGGCUCCUUCUCCUGUAAAUGCCAUGAAUUCAUUUGUGUAACCACAGAACUCUAUUCCCUUGUAUCUUCCGUUUGUUUAAAGCACUUGUACAUCCUCCUUCUCAUACUAUGAACAUGCAGGUAACGGAGCUCCUCACCCUGAGACGUUAAUGCUAUGAGAACAUGCAGGUCAAUACAGUUACACAGCAUAAUGACACAUUAAGUGGUAUGUUAUUACAAAUUAAAAUACGAAAUUCAAGUUUUGUUCAAACUUUUUUUUUUAAAGGAACUGACACAAAAAAAUAACAUUGACUUGUAAUUUUAUUUCCUGUUGAA